GGACUAGGGCGCUCCCUGUAUUGCUCGUUCGUUAAGGAUAAAUGUUUGCUGGCGGGGCAUAGCUACUCCUUUAGAGACGAGUGCCAGCGCCUGACGUCAGUUUUAUACCGAAAUCUGUCAUGAUUAGAGUCUCUCAAAACGGAAUACGCGACAAAAUAUAGAUUUUUGUGUCUAUCCAGUAUCGAUCAAAUAUCUGUAUCUUGGAAAUUGGGAAAGUGGAUAGAACGGCUAGAAUCAGUUUUGGCAACGCGAUGUGCAGGAGAAAUCGGGCUGCGAUGAGAAGGAUUAAUUCCGACUUCUUGGACUGAACUUUAUGGUCCAUCCGUCGGAUGUAGGCGACGUUAGUGCCGGGAAAAGAGAGUGAAGUGUGAAGUGAUGAGUGGAUAGUUUGUGAAAUGUAAAAAUUAGUUCAAUGCAAGCUUUCUCGCCCCUACAGUUUCCGGUGUUCCGCAAGGAAAGAACCAAUAGCAGUCUGAAUGGUUUUCCUGAUUGGUACGAAACUGCGUAAGUGUAUGGUUGCUCACGGUUGAACUAGCACCGUCUGUGCAUUUAUUUGUCGGUUCUUCUGAUAAGCAUGCAUUUAUUUGCCACGAAGCUAUCUAGUAUGAAUAAAUCGGGUUGAAAAUAUUUCAGUUGAGUAUCAUAUUUGGGAUUGCAGGAGUCAUGGAAUACUACAUACCACCCAAGCGGAUUAACCAGUGACAUACAUAGAUUAUGGUAGAAGUGAUGGAAUUUCGAUAUCGACCACAAUAAGUGUUUCUGAAUUAGACAAACAAGUCCUUAAUUGAAGUUAGUUCUGGUACAGUAAGGCUGUAUUUGUUCAGUGUAAUUUCCAAUUCUGUCCUCGUAAUAAAAAUCGAUAAAGUGUUUUGAGAGUGGGAUGUGAAGUAUGUAAUGAUCAAAUAAUGGUGAAAAAGUGUGCCUAGGAUCGAUACUUAAAUUUCAAGGCGAAAACGGAUACCUUGCAGUAAUAGGCAGCAGCAACGUGGAUUGAUUUCAUCGUCUGCACUUAACGCUGUCUGCACGUGUUGGCCACAAAUCAAAUGAUCUCCAAAAACCAAAACUACAACAACAAAAACUACCCCAUUCGUCUGAAAAAUGCUCGCCACCAAUCGAAAAAGAUCUAUGGCUAUAAAAGUGUGUCGCUAGAGUCACUCAUGCUGUUCAUAUAUCAGUAUCCUGCGGAGAUGUCUGCUAUCCAUCAUCAGGAUUAGAAACACAAGGGUAUAAGGCUGGAAACGAAAGAGACUGGGAGCGUAAUAUUAGAAGCGAGCGCGCUGUGCGAGAGGCAGAGUCCAUUACGUUGGUUUUAAUCAUGGUGAUAGCCAUACUCGUCCUUUAUCUGCUAAUCACGCCAUUUAUAUCAUGCGUUGGAGGAGGUAGUAGCAACAACGGCGGAAGCGGUAGUGGUAGUUCCGGUGGAGGAAGUGGAAGCAAUAGCGGUGGCGGGGGUAGUAAUAGUGGCAAUUUAUCAGGUGGAAAAGGCGAACAAUCGUCGAUGCCCACACUAUCGUCACGAGUGGUGCACACAAAACACGGAGCUGUUUCUGGCAUAAUUGUUCAGCUCGAAGGACGACACUUGGAUUCUGUUGAAGCAUUUCGAGGGAUACCGUACGCUUCGCCCCCCGUCGGAACAUUGCGUUUCAUGCCACCAGUAACGGGUGCGUUGUGGUCCGGAGUGAAGAAGGCUGACAGAUUUGGUCCAGUUUGUCCGCAACGUCUUCCCGAUAUUGCUAACGAAACCGCAGCAUUAGAGCGGAUGCCACGAGGGCGCCUAGAAUAUCUUAAGAGAUUAAUACCGUAUCUGAGGAAUCAAUCGGAAGAUUGUUUGUAUUUAAACAUUUACGCUCCGAUACAGGUGGGCUCGAGAGAUUCGAGUGGUGGAAGCAGCAACAGUGGUAGCAGCAGUUCGAGUGGUGGACAGACGAAGUAUCCUGUUCUCGUGUUUGUCCAUGGUGAGUCCUACGAAUGGAAUAGCGGGAAUCCAUACGAUGGCUCCGUGCUUGCCAGCUAUGGACAAAUACUUGUAGUGACAAUUAAUUAUCGACUCGGAGUGCUAGGUUUUUUAAAUGCAAACACGGAACGCUAUGCAAAACUGCCAGCCAACUACGGCCUAAUGGAUAUCAUCGCAGCAUUGCACUGGAUCAAAGAGAAUAUUGCAGCAUUCGGCGGUGAUCCACAAAGUAUUGCACUAGCAGGACAUGGAACAGGUGCAGCAUGUGUUCAUUUUUUAAUUUCAUCGGAUGCAGUUCCUGAAGGUUUACUUUUCAAUCGAGCAAUACUGAUGUCAGGAUCAGGGCUUGCGCCGUGGUCCCUGGUUGGGAAUCCGUCGAAGUACGCUGCAAUUGUAUCGCAUCACGUGAAUUGUUCGCCAGAUUUACCGCACGCAAAACUUAUGAAAUGUUUACGAGAGAAAUCCCUAGACCAACUUUUAUCUGUGCCCAUACCCCAGCCCGAAUUUGGCUACGCUUUCGGGCCAAGUAUCGAUGGAGUGGUAAUUGAUGUCGGCGAAACGGGCUCGUCGACAGCCGAUACGGGUAAUUAUGACUAUGGUAUACCAACCCCAAAAAGUUCACCAAAACAACCGAAUACCUUAAAUUUAAUUAAUUCAGUGCUGAUGCGGAAGAACGCUAUCAACAAAUUAUCGAAAUAUGAUUUAAUGGCAGGAGUAACACGAGCCGAGGCCUUUUUUUCAUUCAACUCGGAAGACGUACAAUAUGGGAUUGAGGCAGAUCGUCGAUCGAAAAUAUUAAAAAACUACGUAAGGAAUACGUAUUCCUAUCAUCUUAAUGAAAUAUUUGCGACAAUAGUUAACGAGUAUACUGACUGGGAGCGGCCUGUACAACAUCCAAUCAAUAUAAGGGACGAAACUCUGGAAGCGCUUAGCGAUGCACAAAUUGUUGCUCCGGCUGCCCAAACUGUGGAUUUACAUUCAGCCGACCAUCGAAACUCGUACUUGUACGUGUUUGACUACCAAACCAAGUUCGGAGAUUUUCCGCAGAGGCAAGGAUGCAUCCACGGUGAGGACCUUCCUUAUAUUUUCGGAGCACCACUCGUUGGCGGUUUCAGCCAUUUCACCAGGAAUUACACGAAAUCGGAGAUUGGUCUCUCGGAAAUUGUUAUGCUGUACUGGUCAAAUUUCGUUAGAACCGGAAAUCCAAACGAACAGCUGGAUAGUGACCAUGGAGUUCGCCAGGAACGCGGACGCUACAAGACUGUCGAAUGGACUGCAUAUGAAAGUGUUCAUAAAAAGUAUCUGAAUUUUGAUACAAAACCCAAGCUGAAAAACCACUAUCGCGCUCAUCGGCUUUCCUUUUGGUUGAAUUUGAUUCCGGAUCUACAUAAACCCGGUGCCGAUAAUGUUCCUGCGUCACACCACCAAUUGAAUGACGAUGACGUCGAAAUAUCCACCGAUUCCACCGUGAAACCGCUGAACCCACCACGCCAAAAGGAUGCACAUGCAUCAAACUAUACAAUUUUCACAACCCAGGUAUUUUCAUUAUUUAACUUAUCAUCUCCAGCUUCAUCGCGUCCCGGUAACAAUACUCGACUUAGUCAGCAUAAAAUACCCCAAGCGGCUGGGGACCAAGACCUCCUAGACGAUCAUCAGCAUAGUACGAGUCCUCCGCAGGAGGAUGGCUUUGCCGCUUAUAGCACUGCCUUAAGUGUAACAAUAGCGAUCGGUUGUAGUUUGUUGAUACUCAAUGUAUUAAUUUUCGCCGGUGUUUACUAUCAACGUGAUAAAACUCGACUGAAUGAACCUAGAAAUCAAAAGAAGCGUAAUGAAAACGGUCAGAUGCCGAACAAUAUUUGUGGGGAUCUUGAGACUUUGACUAUUCCAUCAAAAAGUGACCCAGCCACAAUACUGGGUCAUCAUCAUGCCUUGCAGCAUCAUCAACUCCCACCCCCAGAAUUUGCCGAUAUUCCACAACGAGCUCCGCCUCCCCCCAAGCAUUUGAAAUCUGUGCCUGAGGGCCAGAUGCUACCUACUCAUGCACUUCAGAUGAUCGGCAAUCAGUGUGGUACCUUGACAAAGAAGAGUUGUAUGAAACAACCCCAGACAAAUAGCAGUCAAAGUAGUCAAAAUAUAAUGGAUGAGUUGAGAGUGUGACACUAGCUGAACGUUACGUUCUUGUGAUCUCCCUGUUAUGAGCCCAAUGCAAUUUGAACUGCAACAGAACGUUAGAUAAAUAGUAGCGAAAUCAAAAAAGCCCAAAAGGAGCUACACGCUGGUUAGUCCUCUUGAUAAUACCGAGCAAUGCUAAGUGAAGCAGCUGUAGCUGCAGAGGACGUUUUGUGUUACGCAUUUAGUUUUCUCUGAAGUAUCCCAGUGAUCUAGGACCAAAGAACUAUAAAUUAAAGAAAAGCUCGUUUGACCGAUAACAGACGCGAAACCUAGUAAAUAUAAAAAUUACUACUUUGAAUCAUUCGGAUUUAAUUCAUAAGAUGAAUCCAAUUUUCCGUUAACGGGAAAACCUAAAUAGCAACCGAAACAAAAUGGAAGAAUUCAAGUUAAUGUCUUGUAUUAUAAAUGAUACUAAGUGUAAGUAAAAUAGGGCGUGUAGGUAUUAAAAUAGUAGACUACGUUACAGAAAAACUUCGUAAAGUAUAGCUCAUCAAGUGACACAUAAGGAAACAAAAUUAACUAAUUUAUGGAUAUAAACUUUUAUAUUGUACAAAGGAACAUUUUUAAAGAUGGUGUAUUAUAAUAAAAGCUAAAAUAUUACAAGGAAUGAUUAGAGAAAAUAUUAUCUAGGAUAAUUUUGAGAGUGAAAUGGAGGCAUCCUCAUCAAAAAUUGUUUAAUUAUUCUUAGAGUAAAUAUGUUUUUCCCUUGGACUUGCUGUGAUGGAUAAGGACAUGCUUGGUAAAAGGGCUCCUUAACGGACUUCCUUCAUGUGUUUCUUUUUCUAUUCCGCCCUGCAGUUGUUGCUCGUGAACCUAACUGGGUAAUGAUUCAUUCGGAAAUAAUGUUAUUUAUAUAAAUAUGAUUGGUUAGAACGUUUUUUUUUAAUUCACUAUUGAAAAAAAGCUAAAACCAUGCGGUACACUUCCAAGAUUCACCCAAUCCAUCACAGCAUUUCUAAAUAAAAGUAAGAAAAAUAAAGAAAGCUAAUUUAUAAAAAAAAGAAAUCUUUGAAAGACUGAAUUUGCGCGAGCAUGUAGUAAAUGUAAUUAAUUUGAUAAAGAUAAUAUUUUUGUUAGAAAUGAGAACUCAAAAAAAUUUAAAUUUAUGUUAAGUUUAAACGCUGCAAUGUGGCGUACAUAGGGAACCCAAUAUCCAGUUAAAUCCUUUGAAAUUUCUAUCCUGUCCUACUCAAUUUGAAAAUAAAAAAAAACUUACAUAUUUUGAUUUUUCUAAAAAUUGUUACUUUCCACUGAUUGUAAAACUUUCAAAAAUGGAUAAAAAGAUAUAUAAAAAUUUUGGAGUGAUUUCGUAAAAAGUUUCGUACGUUAUAUUUUUUUUUUGAGAAAACGAAAUGAAAAAGAAAUUUAUUUAAUAAAUAGACGAUCCAGACUGUAAAUAGUAAAUUGAAAGAAUACUGAAAUCCAAUUAAAUGAUUAAAAUAAUAAUUAUCACCAAGAAACGGCGAAAACAUAGUUAUUGAGUUAUAAAAUAAAAUGGAAAAUAAUA